CUGCAAAAACGGAAGGCUAUAAGAACGCGACUGCCGAAAUUUUACGUAGUUUACCAGCAGACCUCACACCAGCGAUUUUGGUGAUAAACAAGUGCCCACCCCAAUACACGGACAAAAUGCCUGGACCAUCUAGACCCCUGUGGCAAGUUGCUGGAAAACGCGACCCCGAACAAGAACGGGAAGCUCAAGCGUGGAUAGAAGCCGUUAUCGGGCAGAGGUUUCCACCUGGAGUUCCCUACGAGUACGCCCUGAGGGACGGCAUUAUUCUGUGCACGCUCAUGAACAGACUCAAACCGGGCAUCAUCUCCAAAAUCAACACAUCAGGUGGCGAUUACAAAAUGAUGGAUAAUCUCAGCCAGUUCCAAAAGGCUUGCGUCAAAUAUGGAGUACCGGACGUCGAUCUCUUCCAAACCACUGAUCUGUGGGACCAAAAGAACAUCGCUUUGGUUACCACCACCAUUUUCGCCAUCGGUCGUACCUGUUACAAACACCCCGAAUGGAGAGGGCCAUUUUUGGGACCCAGACCAUCCGAAGAAAACAAACGCGAAUUCUCCGAAAGCCAACUCAGAGCGGGCGAGGCCAUUAUUGGCCUUCAAGCGGGUACCAACAAGGGAGCGAACCAGUCAGGUCAAAACUUCGGCGCGUCCAGAAAAAUUAUAUUGGGAAAGUAGGGAAAAUAUCUCUCGAUACCUUAUUAGGUUAUUAUAAAAUGAAUUCAAAUGUCUAAUGUAAAUCGCUGACGUCAUUGAACGCAAUCCAGUUCGAUGUUAUUGGUCUGUUCUGUAAACACAAAUAUAUUUUUGGAGUAA